CCAGACUAUCGAAAAUGAAAGUAAAAUUUUAAUUUUUUGGAAAUAAUCAACAGUUUAACUACAAAUUUUGACGGAGAUUGAAAACUGCCUUAGCUUGAUUGCAAUUUACGACAAGACAGUUUUACCUUACACCAAUGGAUAACAGACGCAAAGAAAACCAAGAAAAAUUGACUAGUCAUAAUGGGGCAAAAAAUAAACAAUGGAAUCGUGGAUGCAAAGGCUUUAGUAGAAAGGAAGAUACGGAAAGCAAAGAACAACCAGAAGUUCACUAUAGUGGGAGAAGAGAUCAACCCUUGGAUCGCGGAUGCAAAGGCUUUAGUAGAAACGAAAACACGGAAAUCAAAGAACAAUCAGAAAGUCAUUAUAGUGGGAGAAAAGAUCAGCAAUGGGAUCGUGGAUCCAAAGGCUUUAGUAGUAACGCGACGAAGGAAAGCCGAGAUCAACCAGAAAGUCAUUAUAGUGGGCAUGGUGGGAGAAGUAAUCAACAUUGGGACCGUGGAUGCAAAGGCUUUAGUAGAUACGAGAACAUGGAGAGCCGAGAUCAACCAGAAGGUCAUUCUAGUGGGCAUGGCGGGAAAAGAGAUCACCAUUGGGACCGUGGAUGCAAGGGCUUUGGUAGAGCUGAUGACCAAAGAGAUCAUAGAUACAAUAACAGGAAUAGCAUUGGCAACAACUCUAGUAAGAAAUAUCAAAACAGCAGUAAUGAUGACCAUUCAGACAGGAAAUACAACGACAGAGGGAAAGGAACACAACAUGGAAAAUUUAAAUCCAGUUUUGGUGAAGGUGCUCGGAAAAUGGCACGACGUGAAGUGCAUGAACAAAAGUCAGAAUCGAAGAUGAAAGGCCAAAACUUAUAUCUUACAAUUAACAAUUUUAAAGGAAGUGAAGAUGAUUUGAAAAAGUUGUUAGAGAAGAUUACAAGCCGACAAUUUCCAAUUAGUGAUUUUAGAUAUGCUGAUCAAGCUGUACUGUGUACUGCAGAAAUGUUUAGCGCACGUCAGGUUAAAGAUGUAUUAAACGAACUUGUAUUUCAUAACAGAAAAUCAGACAUCAAAGUUAUUGCAAGACAAGAACAAUUGGGAAAUCAGAUUUCUAUAAAUACAUUGAUAUCGGAAUUCAAUGAAAAGAUGACGAGAGAGGCUAGUGAUUUCAUAUUGGAACACACAAGUCAGAUGCAGAAAAUUCAAGAAAGAAUAGAUCAAAAUGAAAGAGAAGAGAAUGAAUUAACGGAGAACUCUGAACUAAAAGAAGAAAUUCUAGCGCUUAAGUCCAAACUUCAAGAGAUGAAUUUACAGAAAACAGAAUUCAAAGGAUUCUUGAAAUGUACAAUUGACAAGUUAGAGAAAGUCAGCGAAUAUAGGAAAGUUGAAUUAGAACUUAAAGCGAUCUACCAGGGAUUUCAAGUCGAAUGCACAAGACUUAAACAUGCUCUACCAAUAUACGCCCGACGAUCUGAUAUUGUUUCAAUGAUUAAAGAUAAUCAAGUGUCAGUCUUGUUAGGUGAAACAGGAUCGGGAAAGAGUACACAAAUAGCUCAGUAUAUGUAUCAGACUGGAAUGGCAAAUACAAGGUUGAUAGUAUGUACCCAACCCCGCAAGAUUGCAGCUAUUAGUCUUGCAACACACGUGGCACGUGAAAUGGGAACAUCAGUGGGACAACUAGUUGGAUACAAAGUAGGUAUGCAAAUUAAGCAGACGCGUAAUACGAAGAUUAUUUAUAUGACGGAUCAUAUGCUGUUAAAUGAAUGUCUGAGAGAUAAGAAUUUCUCUGCCUAUGCAUGUAUCAUUGUAGACGAGGCCCAUGAAAGGAGCAUUUAUACCGACCUCCUUUUGGGUAUGAUAAAAAAGAGCACAAAGACAAGACCAGAUCUUAGAGUGGUCGUAACCUCUGCAACUAUAGAUCCUGCAGUGUUUGUGAGCUACUUCGGAACCUGUCCAGUACUAUCGGUAUCUGGUCGAAUGUUUCCAGUUGAUGUUGUGUGGACAGAGGAUGAAUCAUCUUUUGAAAAUCACGAACAAGCAGCAUUAGACAAAACUAUUGAAGUUCAUCAUAAUGAACAACAAGGGGACAUUCUUACAUUUCUAACUUCUCCAUUAGAGGUGGAAAGAUGCUGUGUUGCUUUGGAAAAUACAUUAGAUUCGGAUACAGACUUUAUUUGUUUACCCCUCCACGGACGUUUACAAGCAAAUGAACAACAGAAGGUAUUUGACCCAUCUCCGAAAGGCAAAAGGAAAAUUGUGUUUGCCACAAACAGUGCAGAAACAUCUAUAACUAUUCCAGGAAUAAAGUACGUCAUAGAUACAGGUGUGGCUAAGGAAAUGCAGUUUGAUCCAAAUCGAAACAUAAACAUGCUUCUUGUUAAAACAAUAACACAGAGUUCAGCAAAUCAGAGAAAGGGCCGUGCUGGCAGAACUGAUGCCGGGAAGUGUUUUAGGUUGUAUUCAUCAGAAACGUAUGCUAAAAUGGAACGUAAUUCUCGACCGGAAAUACUUCGGGUUCAUUUAGGACAUGCGCUACUGAAACUUAUGGAGCUUGGUGUUGUUCCUUUAGAGUUUGAUUUCGUACAAAGCCCAUCACGUGAACUAUUGGAUGCUGCAAUGGAAACACUAGAAUCGGUUGGUGCCGUCGUUAACAGAAAGAUAACAGAAUUAGGAAAAUGGAUUGCAAAAUUGCCAAUUGAUCCAAAAUUCGGUAAAUUCAUUCAUGACGCUAUUAACGAUGGAAUAGUUAUAGAGGCUAUUAUUCUUUCUGCUUGCUGUACAGCAGGAGGUUCUAUAUUUUAUCGCUCUGGAACAGACGAAGAGAAAAGUUUAGCGGACAAACGGAAAAUAAGAUUUUGUCAUGAAGGAGGGGAUCUCAUGACAAUGAUGAAUGUGUUCAGAGAAUGGCAUGAACAACCAGAAAAAAUGAAGGGUGUCUGGUGUACAGAUAAUUCUAUUAACGGGAAGGCCAUUCGUGGAGUACGAGAUACAGUGAAUGAGGUUUUAAAUGUUUUGCGAAGGGAUCAAGGAACGAAGCAUAAAUUUCAACUAAAAUCACCAGCAGAUGUUGAUACUAAAUUGCAAAAAAUGUUGUUUAAAACUUUCAGUCGAAAUCUCUGUCAUUUUCUUGGACACGAUAAAGCAGGAUAUCUGGUUGUAAAUAAAUAUCAACAUGUGAAAGUGUUUCCUGGGUCAUCAUUGAAAUCAUUGGGACUGCUGCCAGAUUGGAUUGUUAUAGAACAGGUUUUGAAAACAUCAAAUGACUUUGCCAUUAAUAUAACUAUUGUACCUGACGAAUGGAUUUAUGAAGCGAUGAAGGAAAGAAUGAUGCAGUUAGACUUGGACAGCUUGAGGGAACGAAGAGUCGAACAAGUUGCAGUAUUCAACGUUGGCGAACAAGUAUUUAGAGAGUUUGUUGGAGUCAAAUAUGCAAAAAAGCGAGAAUUGGAAAAUCAAAUCAAGGAAAGUGGCAAAGAGUUAUUAGUUUUUCUUGAUACAUCAAAACAACUAGGGGAGAUAAGUCUAUAUUCGCACGAUAGAAAACAUGCUACAGAAUUUGAAACCAUCAUCAAAGACAGGGUGGAACAUCUGCGAAAACAAUUCAAGUACGAAAAGAGUGAACAAUUUUUGUCUUCUGCACAGAUCGGGGUUCGAGUAGUUAUUGAAACUGGUAUGGAUAUAGUGGAUGUCUUAAUGGCAGAUGAAUAUACGACUUUAUUCAUUACAGGAAUACCAAAGUUUAUCGAGGAAAAGUCAGAGGAAGAUAUGAUAAAAACUUUUGAAAAAUUUGGCAAAAUUGUUAAGGUAGAAAAAUUUAGGAAAAGCAGAAAUAAAAAUAAUUGGGGUAGAAUUACAUUUGAGAAUAAGGAAUGUGCUAAACAAGCUGUGGUAGAAAUGAAGGAAUCCCUGAAUAUAGGAGCACGACCAAAUACCGGUUUUCAGAGCGCAGACAUUCGUGGAUUUCGCACCAAGCUACAGUGGUGUAGACGACCAUCAAAAGGUUUUGGAUUUGUAAAAUUCAAAGAUCCAACAAAUGCCACGAUAGCAAUGCUCACACCAAUACAUGUUGGUGGUUCAGUUGUCAACGUACAAUAUAGCAAAAAUGGAAGCGAUGAACUUCAUGUCAGCAAUCUCAAUCGUCUGGUCAAUGAGGAUGUUCUGCGUCAUGGGUUUAUGGAUGCCUUAGAUCUUGAUAUGAGUGACAUUGAACGUGUGCAAAUCAUUAGACAAAAGUUGAACACAUCAAAAGACAUAUUAGACACUUUCCGACAGCGCCUUCGUAGACAAGUGGAAAAGUAUGUACAUGAAGGCACUUAUGAACUUGAUAUGAGACCACCUAGGGACUCUGACUUCAAUUUUAGGGCCUUUAUCGCCUUUUCAAAACCAGAGGAAGGUAUUGCUGCAUGCGCAGGUAUUGAUCAUAGUUUUGCUAUGCGUGACCAAGUCGUCACAAUGGAAGUCGACAUAAAAACGUCCAUUAUGAUUCAGAAGCUUGUCUACAAUAAGUACAAAGAAACUGUUGAUUCCCUUGUAGAAACAUUACAAAAAACUGAGCCAGUAAAUAUUCAACAGAAAGAGUUACGAAAUGGCAACAUUAUCAUUAAUUUACAUUCUGAUAGUGUGGAAUCUAUAAUGAAAGUCAAGAGUGAUAUUCUGGGUAUUAUAAAAGGGAGAGUUCUAGAUGUUGAAACGCAUACAAAUAUAAACAGACUGUUCACCUGGGAUGGUAAAGAAUGGUUGAAGACCGUGAUGGAAAAGACUGACACAACUAUAGUUGUAGAUGAAAGGAUUUUGUCCGUGUCCGUUCACGGAGAAAAAGAAAAGCAAAAGAGCGCUAUCGAUAUGAUGGAAGUUUAUUUACAGAAAUUAAAGACCAGCAAGUCUAAAACUUUAUCGUUAAAAGGAGAUGAUAAGCCUCCUGGAUUAAUGACAGAGUUGAUGCUGCGCUUUGAAUUCGACUUUAAAAAGCUGGUGCAGGAGUCGGGACUAAAAUGCAUCGAACUUAAUCAUCGAGUGCAUCUGAUAACACUGAUUGGAGAAGACCGGUCUAUAGAAGAUGGCGGUGUAAUCAUAAAUAGUGUUAUAGAAUCGAUGAUCAAAAAUCGUAAGGAAUGCAAAUUACAGCGAACACAAACACGUGAUUGUGUUGUAUGCUUUUGUCCAAUAGAAGAAGGAGAAAUAUACAGAUUGGAAGUGUGUGGUCAUCCAUAUUGCAAAGACUGUGUCGAGCUUCAGUUUAUAUUAAGCGUUAGGAAUAAUACAUUUCCGCUUUCGUGCAGUGGUGAAGGAUGUACCGAAUUAUUAGCAUGGAAAGAUAUAUCUAAUUUGUCCUUAAAAACAGCAGUUCCAGUAAACGAUGUAGUGAAGAAAGCUACCAGCUCAUUUGUAUCGAAGCACAGGAAGGAUUACAAAUAUUGUCCAACACCAGACUGUCCCCUUAUUUACCGCGUGACAGACAAGGAAUGUCUCUUUUGCUGCACAGAAUGCGAGAUUCGUAUUUGUACAGCAUGUCAUAAUCAAUUUCACGACGGCCUUACGUGUGCAAUGGUCGAGAGCAUGAAGAAAGAUGGUGGGGGUUUGAACCUCUGGAUGAUGCAAAACAUUGGAAGAGCAAAGUAUUGUCCAAGCUGUUCGACUCCUAUUGAGAAAAUUGAUGGAUGCAACUACUUGGUUUGUGCCGGAUGCAAUUCACACAUCUGCUGGGCUUGUUCUGCUUACUUCGAAUCAGAUACAGAAUGCUAUGGGCAUAUGGACAGAGAACAUGGCAGUUUUGUUUAAAGUAAUACUAAUUAUAAUUCAGAAUUCUUUGGGCAUGAUAAAAAUAUGCAAGGCAAUUUAUUUAGGGAAAACUAUAAUUGAUAAUUGAUAAUUCUGAACGCUUUUGAAAUCUUGAAAGAGAGAAUUGUAGAAACCACGCUAACGUCUGUUUUCGUUAAGAUUUUAAUUGUAGUCUUGGUAUCUUCACUAUUGAUUUAUUUGUAUUAUAAUGCUUACAUACUUUUAUAUGGAACAUGAAUAAUUAUAAAGUAGAGUUAAAAAACCUU